UGGUCACACUGCAUCAGUGGAGGAGGAAAAUAAAAGAAUUUUUAGUUGGCCAACUGGUCGAAAUAAACUCGGAAUGCAGAUGCAAACGUACAAAUUGGUGGUGGUCGGCGGCGGCGGCGUGGGAAAGUCAGCGAUAACGAUACAAUUCAUCCAGAGCUACUUCGUCACGGACUAUGAUCCCACCAUUGAAGACUCGUACACGAAGAUGUGCGUCAUUGACGAUGUGCCAGCCAAAUUGGACAUUUUGGACACGGCCGGUCAGGAGGAGUUCAGUGCCAUGCGGGAGCAAUAUAUGCGCUCCGGCGAGGGCUUCCUGCUCGUCUUCGCGCUCAACGAUCAUUCCAGCUUCGAUGAGAUCCCCAAGUUCCAGCGCCAGAUUCUGCGCGUCAAGGACCGCGACGAGUUCCCCAUGCUGAUGGUGGGCAACAAGUGCGACCUGAAGCAGCAGCAGCAGGUGUCCUUGGAGGAGGCGCAGAACACCAGCCGCACCCUGAUGAUGCCCUACAUCGAGUGCAGUGCCAAGCUGCGGAUCAAUGUCGACCAGGCCUUCCACGAGCUGGUGCGGAUCGUGCGCAAAUUCCAGAUCGCCGAGCGCCCCUUCAUCGAGCAGUCGUACAAGAAGAAGGGCAAGAGGAAGUGCUGCCUGAUGUAAGCGGAUGGGUCACGUCACAGACAAUCUCCUGGAUGCCGCAGCGGAUGCAGGAGCCAACAUUUAACGAGUAUAACACCAAAUUUUUUGUGAAAAAAACACGCGUCGACUGAGCUUUGAAUUCCGUUGAGAAGACGAUAAACCAGUAAACCAGAAACCCGAAAGCCGAAAGCCGAAACCAGUAACCGCAAACCAGCGCGCAAAACGUGUCAACGAGCCCAAACGAAGUGCAUUUCUUACCUGCCCAGGUGCAUGCCGCAUUCAACGAACGAAUCGAAUAAGCUUCGCCACUUUCAAAUAGCUACGAAGAAACUUAAAACUAGAAACUCAAAACUAAAAACUCAAAACUAAAAACUAAACAACGCCACAUGCAAACAGAAACACGAAACAUAGUUAGAUAUAUACAACAGAUUCACACGGAUAACAUAUAUAUACAUAUAUAAAUAUAUAAAUAUAUAUAUGUAUGUAUAUUUAUAUAUAUAUAUUUCUACAUAUAUUUUUGUAAUAUUAUUUGUUGAUCAACGACAACAAUUAAGGACGAAUGUUUUCUAUGAUUAUUACCAAUCGUGGCUCGCAGGCCAUUUGUUUUUAUAAUGCAAUAACUAAACCCAGAACGUUUGUUUCGAUUAAGCCAAAACGUAAUAAUGUGUUAUUGUAAUUUGUAUUGUUAUUUACUACUAAUAUAAACGUAUACAUAUAUAAACUGCUUACAAUCCGAUUUUGUUGUAACAAAUUGAGUGCCUCGUUCUCGCGCGUAGAAAACUAAAAAAAAAACACACACACAUCCAUCUCUGUAUUUUUCACACACACCCGCACACAACAUUUUUGUACUAUAUAUAGUCAGCUGCCAGGCGCACAACUCGCAAACUCACUUAACGAUAUUUUUGUACAUGUCCCCAGUCGAAUUCUAUGGUUUAUUGUUCGCCAAAUGUAUUGCAACAGUUGCUUAAGCCGCAAUCUCGUUUAACUCUUAUACACUGCUUAAUUUAACGAACUUAUUUAAUGGUAUAUAAAUAAAUAUAUAAUUAUAUUUAAUAUUAAACAUAUGCGCAAUUCUAAUAAACACAUGGAGAAUCACAAACGCUUCCACUUA